AUGAUUAAUCCCACAAGCAAUCCCUUCGCCACCUGGUGCCUGCCUCCAUUAUCCGCCCUCACGCCCGUGGCGGCCGGACCGAGAUUUAAGGAGGCUGGGCGCUGUCCUUGUGGAAAUGCAGGCGUUAAAGAAGCAGCUGCGACAGGAUCAGGUGCUGGAGGCGCCCCCGAAUCCCCACAGCUGCCGCCUCUCGGGGGCGCCGUGCAACACAGGGGAUGGGGACGCUCGGCGUUGGGGGUCAUGUGCAACACGGGGGCGAUGGUGGUCAUGUGCAACACAGGGGAUGGGACGCUCGGUGGGUCAAGUGCAACACAGGGGAUGGGACGCUCGGUGGGUCGUGUGCAACACAGGGAUGGGGACGCUCGGUGGGUCAUGUGCAACAUAGGGGAUGGGACGCUGGGUGGUCAUGUCAUGGGACGGGUGGGUCACACAGGGGAUGGGACGCUCGGUGGGUGUGUGCAACACGGGGAUGGGGGCUCGGUGGGUCACACAGGGGAUGGGACGCUGGGUGGUCAUGUGCACACAGGGGAUUGGGGGACGCUCGGUGGGUCAUGUGCAACACAGGGGAUGGGGACGCUCGGUGGGUCAUGUGCAACACAGGGGAUGGGGACGCUCGGUGGGUCAUGUGCAACACAGGGGAUGGGGACGCUCGGUGGGUCAUGUGCAACACAGGGGAUGGGACUGGUGGGUCAUGUGCGGGGAUGGGUGGUGGGUCAUGUGCAACACAGGGGAUGGGGACCUCGGUGGGUCAUGGUGCAACACAGGGAUGGGGACGCUGGUGGGUCAUGCACACAGGGGAUGGGACGCAACACAGGGGAUGGGGAAUGUCACACAGGUUACCAACACAACUAA